GUAUAGCAUCACUAUCACACCAAUCUCUUUGCUCUUUACUAAAAAUCAAACCCCCAUUUUAAUUCUCCAUCUCUCUCUCUUUUUUUCUCCCUCUCUCAAAUUAUUAACAAAAUAAUGAAGGACAGAUUCCACCGCCGCAACGCCGCCAUAGCCUCCUCCCUAGCUGCCAUCGUCAAGCCUGCCGCAUAUUUUAUCAUCCUCUUAUUAACCUACGCUCUCGGUUACUUAUCAUCAUCCCCCUCUACGUCGGCUUCCUCCUCCCUCUCUCCUCCUCCUUUAAAUUCCGAUAUUACGAGUACUCCUCCUCCUUAUCAUUAUUCCACUCCUGAUCAAUCUCAACUCUUCCAAGUCACCGACACACCCCCUGAGCUCAACCAAUUCCGAAUCAAAACCCGCUGUUCCCCACCCAUCCCUCACCAACAGGUACGUUCAACAAUCCUCCAAAACGUCUUCAACGGUCAAUCCCCCUUCAUCGACUUCCCUCAACCGCACGUCGCUCACCUUCUCCACCCCAAGAAAAUCAAGGGAUGGGGCUCAAACGGCGCCGUUUUCCGAAACCUUGUUACACAAGUUAAACCACGGACCAUUAUCGAGGUCGGUUCGUUUUUGGGUGCCUCAGCCACUCAUAUGGCAGACUUGACUCGUCAACUCGGCCUCCACACUCAGAUUCUCUGUGUUGAUGAUUUUCGUGGCUGGCCCGGUUUCCUCGACCGGUUUAAGGAUUUAAGCAUGAUAAACGGCGACGUUUCAUUGCUUUAUCAGUUUAUGCAGAAUGUGGUUUCUACGAAUGCUUCGGAUUCGAUUAUUCCUUUGCCGUUCUCGACCGGUUCGGUUCUUGAUAGUCUGUGCGAGUGGGGGGUUUAUGGGGAUCUGAUCGAAGUGGAUGCGGGGCAUGACUUUAACUCGGCUUGGUCUGAUAUAAACCGGGCUCAUCGGAUACUUAGACCGGGUGGGGUUUUAUUCGGGCAUGAUUAUUUUCUAUCGGCUGAUAAUCGAGGGGUAAGACGGGCGGUUAAUUUGUUUGCUCAAAUCAAUGGUUUCAAAGUGAAAGUUGAUGGUCAACACUGGAUUCUUGUUUCUCCUUAAAUUUCAUGCCACCUCUACAAUUUGGGUUGCUGAUUUUAAAACUUGUGUUCAUGUAAAUCCAUAAUUUUAAUUUCAUUUGUACAUCGUCUCAAAUUGGCUCAUUCUGUAUGAGAAAAGAGAAUAUAAUUAUUUCCUUUUUUUUUUGCAUAUAGAAAGAUUGGAUUGGUAAUGAAUUUUACUCAUUGGUUUUAAUUUUAGUUUUAUAAGUUUAUGUAAUUCUAUAUUGUUGUACAAAUUGUACUUUAUUUGA